AUGCCGGAAGCGGUUGUGCCGUGCUGUCUGCUGCCGCUGUUGCUGCUGCUCUCCGCCGCUGUUGAUCCGCUGUGUGGCGAAUCAACGAGCCGAAAUCUGGCGGGUGUUGAUUUAAUUUCCCGCACGCCGAACAGUCUCGAUGCGGACGCCAAUAUUCGCGAGCGCUUGAUUGUUCUCGAGCGACGGUUUGUGAGGUUGGUGCAAGAUCCUUGCACCGAACAGGGACUGCUGAUCGUGUUCCUGCAGCUGUGUACCGCGGCAGAUGAGAACGGAGAUGCCGACAUCCUUUCAUUGGUAAUCGAAGCUUUCACACAACCGACGCUUGCUUUACGGGUGGUGUUUAGGGUGGAUGCGGAGGAUAACAUUGCCAACGCGGUCACCUCCAUCAAGUUAACGGCGGGUAACGAUUCUAGUUGCAUCGUGUUGAUUAUGCUGCACCCGCAUCUAACAACCUCGGAUAUUCUACUGCCAUCGAUUGGUCGUGCCUUCCCGUUGGCACUAAAAUUAAUUUUACUCGCUAAUAGAUCACCCUCUGGUGAGUGUCCAGCUGAAGAAGACCUACACAACGCGGGCUCAAUACUGUCCAUCCUCUGGCAGACGGAACACAUCAUCCGGACUGCUACCAUUUGGUACCGCUGCUCCACAAAGCCCGGAGCGAUCUCGGUCGGACUGUUCGAUCUUUUCGCGAUGAAUGCGUCGGCACCUUCACCCUUCACCGGUUCCGCGACAUGGGGCAUCUUUUACACCGUGGCCGAACUGAACCGAUCGCUACCGACCGAUCUGGUGCGUUUCGGACGGCACAUGAACCUUCAGGGAAUGCCAGUCGACAUCUAUGGAUUUGAAGCGGCAAUGGCCUACCGGCGGCAGGACAUCGACAUGAUGCCAAGGACCUUCCCGACGGUACAUCCCAAUGCUACAAACACGUCCGGCGGACUGCUGGACAUACUAUUUGGGGCGGAUGUGAAUGCGGUGCGUGAACUUGCCAUCCGGAUGAACUUCACGCCCCGGGUGUACCACACGCGGGCAAACUUUGGAUUCAAGAUGGCGAACGGUACGUUUACGGGCGUGCUGGGACGGCUAUUGACGCGCGAAUCCUGGCUGUCCCUGAACGUGUACUUCCUGAAGGAUUACGAGACGCGCGAGUUGCAGUUCAGUGCGGGUGUUUACCAGGACAGCCUGUGCGUGUUCGUCCGGGCGGCCGGUAUGCUGCCGGAAUGGUUGCUCAUUUUUCGCUGCUUCACACCGUCGCUUUGGAUCAUCGUUUGGAGUACGGUCGUGCUGGUGAGCCUAUGCUACCUAGCCCUGGCACAGUACAUUGCCGUUAGCUCAAACACAAACCAACCUCAUGGUAGCUCGGUGUGCGCAUUAAAAAAAUACUACCCAGUACGGCUCUUUCCAGAACGACCGCAGGAACUGGACCGAACUGGGAUGGUGGGACAGAUCGUGGGAGCACUGCUGACCGCCCCGACGAACGGUUUCCAUCGGACGACCGCACAUCAGAAGCUGUUCGUGGCGUUCGGUUUGAUCUGGGGACUCACGAUAACCGGCGCCUUCCAGGGUUCUCUAGUCGAAGUUUACACAACGCCUACGUCCAUGAAAAACUUGGACACACUCGCGGAACUGGAUGCGAGCGGACUCACGAUCACGGUCACCGCACCAGCGCUCAUUGUGGACGUGUUCGGCACGGAACGACCUGGGAGCACGAUCGGUAAUCUCAAGCAACGGCUCGUUAUCGAACAUAGAACCUCCCAGACGUCGACCUACGGUGUGCUGGCCGGCUUGACGGCUGGCCUCAUCCGCAACCAGGACUUUGUGCGGCUAUCCACCAAGCACCUGAAUACGAACGGUAUCGCACGGUUGCAUCGAUUGCGCGAAUGUCCCCGGAGCUACACGCUCGCCUACCUUUAUCCGCGCGGUUCCCCACUGUACCGUGCCGCCAACGACCAUAUACUACACUUUCUGCAGCACGGCCUAUACGCGAAAUGGCAACGAGAUGCCGCCCAUCUGCUUGCCAUGAACCGGGCGCUUAAGGUACACGCGCGGUACAUCCGUAGCGGUCGUCCGGGAAGUGGAAGGCAGGUGACACUCCGGUUGGAUCACUUGCUGCUACCGUUUAUGUUGCUCGGUGCCGGCCUCAGCUGCGGUGCGGUGUGCUUUCUCUGGGAGCGAUAUUGUCGCGCUAGAUGGGCGCUCACCCGCGGAGGUUAA